ACAGACUGGGUGAUGGGCACCUCCAACCAGGCUGCUGAUGACGAUAUCAAGUGUCUGACCAGAGACCUGGACAGUAUGGAGGCGGUGGUGUCUGUUAGCUGGCCUGCCUCUUCAGCCAGAGGAGGGAGACGGGGUGGAGCUGAUGGAGGCCAAGUCCCAGCUCUUCCUCAAGUACUUUACCCUGUUCAUGAACCUGCUGAAUGACUGCAGUGAGGUGGAGGAUGAUGGCCAGCCGGUGGUUGGGAGGAAGAGGGGCAUGUCUCGACGCCUGGCCUCCCUCAGACACUGUACUGUCCUGGCCAUGUCCAACCUCCUCAACGCCAACGUGGACAGCGGACUCAUGCAUUCUAUCGGUUUGGGCUACCAUAAGGACCUGCAGACACGGGCCACCUUCAUGGAGGUUCUGACUAAGAUCCUCCAGCAGGGGACAGAGUUUGACACACUGGCAGAGACGGUGCUGGCAGACCGCUUUGAAAGGCUGGUGGAGCUGGUCACCAUGAUGGGAGACCAGGGAGAGCUGCCCAUCGCCAUGGCACUGGCCAAUGUGGUGCCAGGAUCCCAAUGGGACGAGCUGGCCCGUGUGUUGGUGACACUGUUUGACUCUCGCCACCUGCUGUAUCAGCUGCUGUGGAAUAUGUUCUCCAAGGAGGUAGAGCUGGCUGACUCCAUGCAGACUCUCUUCAGAGGCAACAGUCUGGCCAGUAAAAUCAUGACCUUCUGUUUCAAGGUUUACGGGGCGGCGUACCUACAGAAGCUCCUGGAGCCUCUACUUAAAGGGGUCGUCACCACCCCAGAGUGGCACAACAUCAGCUUUGAGGUGGACACAACCAGGUCGGAACAUUAACCGGAAGCAUUCCACCAGUUAGACUGUGGUAGCCUGGUGUGGUGGUAAAGGAUAGCAUGUCGAUUUGAGCAAUUUUGGGGGGUAACCUUUUUAAAUGGACGUUACCUAGGCAAUCCUGACUUUUUUAUUUUUAUUUUUAUUUUUUAAACUCUGUUUAUUAAGUUUUGAACAUACACACACACAGACAAGACAAAGCAAUAUAAAUAAUA